CGUGAACAUUGAAAAACUCAAUUCGAGCGUGUUCACUGACGUAUUUCAUUUUCAUAACAGCCUUUCCACUGUUUGGAAUGAAUCAAUCGACAAUCAGUCAAUCCAUUCGCGGCCGAAUGUGAUGGGGGCCAUUCUGGUUUACAUAUCGAAUUUAUUUCAGUAGACUGUCUCUUCAGACAUGGCAAUUUACCCAAUUACCAUAAGCACAAAUCGAUGGACGCCUUGAAUGACCUGGCCUACCAACCACCUUUGACCACAUUAAAAACUCAAACCAAAUGUAUCACCCAACAAUCCAAUAAUCACUUCAUCUGGGCAAAUACACUCAGUCAAUAAUCAGAAGGACAACAACAAAAAUGGGGGUGACGGCCAACGGUCCGCCUCAGCAGCCUAGCUUGACUUGGCGCAACACCUCAUCCAUACUCAUAGGCCUGUCUGUCGCGGUCUCGAAAGGGUUUCUCUAUGGCCUCAACAAAGUAGAGACUAUAGGCCUGGAGAGGUUCGUUGAGCUAAUCGAGCAGAGGAGGGAUGUUAAAAAGCGCACAAAAGGCUUGAUAACCGUCAGCAAUCACAUUUCCAUUAUAGACGAUCCCCUGAUAUGGGGCGUUUUACCCCUGAAAUACUCUUUUAAUCAGAGCAAUCUACGUUGGUCACUCGCCGCCCACGACAUUUGCUUUCAAAACCCCGUCUUGACCACCUUCUUCAACCUCGGCAAAACCCUCCCGACGUACCGGUUCAGGCACUCACCACACGGAGGCCUGUUCCAGCCCACCAUGUCCGACGCCAUACGCAUCCUCUCGUCGGAGCAGCACGGCCUCAAGUACCUCACCCCACCACCAUCACCCAGCUCAUCCACCCCCGGUCCCCUCCUGCAGUACCCCCCAACCCCCUCGGACCCGGCACCCCCUGCCCCGUCCUACCAGCCUUGGGACCGCCAUGGCUGGGUGCACAUCUUCCCCGAGGCGUGCGUGCACCAGCACCCGGAGCGCGCCCUGCGCUACUUCAAGUGGGGCGUGGCGCGCCUCGUGCUCGAGAGCGGCCCCGAGCCGCCCGACGUCGUGCCCAUGUUCAUCGACGGCACCGACCGGGUCAUGCACGAGGACAGGGGGUUCCCUCGCUUCCUGCCCCGCGUCGGCCGGCGCGUCCGCGUCGUCUUUGGCGAGCCCCUCGACUUUGAUCUGGCCUUUGGUGACCUCAAACGAAAGUGGGACGCCCUCGUCGCCUCGGCCGCGGACGCGGCAGCAUCCCGCGCCGCCUCAUCCCGGUGGAGAGUUGCCUUCCCCGCUGAGACCGUCGACCUCGAACACGGCGAGGAGGCGCGCGCCAUCAGGGUCGAGGUCACCAGGAGGAUACGCGACGAGGUUCUCAAACUUCGGCACGGUCUCGGGUAUCCUGACCAAGAUCCCGAGAUGGGCUUGGCCGAGACGUGGGCCAGAGAGCCGGGCGUUGGCUAUACUUACAAAAGUCGUGUAGAUGGGAGCAAAGUAAAUGAGAAGUUGUGAAAGAAUUUGUUGUAGAGGUUUGUCGAAAGGUCAUUGCCAAACACUUCCGGGAAUAUACCCCCCCCCCCUGUAAUUAGAUUAUCAUGUACAACAAAAUCGCAGCGGCAACGAUGAGGAAAUACCUUUGUCAAAGGCGGCUAUUUUGUCCAAGAAGGCGUUUCUGAGGCUGCAUCUUUAUUUACUUCGGGAUCACGUCUAAUAUAAAUACAAGCGUCGUCUACCAACCAUGACAAGAAAGUUUAUCCAUC